UGUGCCAACUCAAACAGACUUACCAGCUCAAACUCGCUACAAUUUUACUCGAUUUGCAUUUUGCGAAACACGGGAAUUUGGUUUGGCAAAGGAGGAGGCUAUUUAGCCAAUUUAGAAGGCUGCCACUGUUUUGUCCUCAUGAUCAGAUUUUAUUAUUUUAUAAAUAUGUGUGAUGGGAGAAUUUUACCUUUGUGUCGAUGCGCAACGCUGGGGAAGAAUCGCAACUGGAGUAUUACGCCUUGCAUGCCUAAGUUAUAAGUAAUUAUAUCAUUUCCGUGUAUGACAUUCGCGCAGGGUACCGUACUGUUAAAAGUGAAAGUAAAAAUUCCACGAGGAGUGAAGCAAAGUAAUAUCCUUUUUUUCGUAAUAUGUAACUAAAACAUUAAAAAAAAGUUACAAUUUAAGAAAGUCAAUGGCGAAUUAUCAAGCAUCUUUACGAAAAACCAAGAGAAAAACCCAAAAUAGAAGCUUUCAGGAAUCCAGUGAGAAAACCGGAAAUGAAGAUGUUAAAUCGAAACUACUUUUGUCAAAACUAUUCUCGUAUCUUUUGUGUCACUGUGACGAUAGCUGUUUGGAAAUAAAUAAGGUUACAAGAAAAUUACAAAAGUUCAGUGACAGUGACAUUUAUGACAGGGAAAAAGCUCUGCAAAUCAUAAAAUCUUCCCAUAAAAGAUUCAUCGUGAAGAACGUCAAUGGACAAGAAAUUGUGGAAGCACGAACCACAGUGAAACUGUGUGACGCUUUCCAGAAUGGAAAAUGUCAUUAUAACAGAUGCCAGAGACUUCACAUUUGUCGUUUUUUCUUGGAAGGAAAAUGCAAAUUUGGCGAUGACUGCAAGCAACCUCAUGAUUUUGAAAGUGUGCAAACAAAACAGAUUUUGGUUGCCAACAAUUUGAAUAAUUUAUCCAAAGAGGCACUUACAAUUUUGUUUAAAAAGGUUUUGAAUGAAAAAAAGAUACAACAUGCCUCGAUUAGUUCAGGACCAAGUAUUUGCAAGUAUUACAACAAAUCAGAAUGUAAAAAUGGUGAUAAGUGUGAGUUUCUUCAUGUUUGUGAACAUUACAUUCAAGGUGACUGCAAAUUUGGAAAGAACAAAUGUAGGAGGUAUCAUAAUUUUGAGGCAGUGCAUGCCAGAGAAAUUUUGGCCAAGCAUGGAUUGGGGGGACUCUCAAGAGAAAAGGAUAUUUUAAAUGUACUCAAACGCAACAACAAAAAGAUGAGUAACGACUCGCAAGAUAGCUCAGAAGAUAGCUCAGAAGAUAGCUCAGAAGACGAAACUUUUGUGAACAAUAGACGACGAAAGCCAAAGGAUACCAUUGAUGCUUUUGCUGCCCCAGAAAAGACAGAAAUUUGUGGCUUCAAUUUACGCGGCAAAUGUAAAUAUGGAGAACAGUGCACUGCAUUGCACGCUGCGCUGCCAUAUCAGUGGCAAUUUUUCCACAAUUUAGUGUGGGAAAACUUUGAAGAAGAGAAAAAUCGUGCUAUAGAAAAAGAAUUCUGUGAUUACAACAAGGAAACAGGAAGUGCUCUUUACCUGAAGAUUGACUUUAAGAAUAUGAAUGUACCUCUUGGUGCUGGUUUAACUACUCCAGUACGUCGUUUGUCAACGACCUCUUCUGUCAAGGCUGCAUCAGGUCACGUGUUUCGAACGACGUGGAAAUGGUUCUGGAAAAAUGAACAUGAUCAAUGGAAUUGUUAUGACAACGGUAAAGCGGACGUCACCAGUGAAGAUUUGGAGCUGCAUUUUCAAUCUGAUUCCUUAGAUAGAACUUACAAGUUCAUAUCCGGUUCUCAGUUGUACACGAUGCACUUCAAGGAUAAGGAUAAUAUUUAUCAACAGAAUGAUAAACAUCUUACAAUUCGUGAAGUGCGACGACGACCAGCGAGAUAUGUGGACGAGGCUAUAAUGAAACAAAUUUUGGAAGAUUUCAAGCAAAAUUAUCAGUCAAGUAGUUCCAACAUUGCCAAGCAAUUGUACCCUGUGCCAUCCUCGUGGACUCCUCUCGAUCCUUUGGAAGAUUAUAAGAUAACUAGAGUUGACGAAGUCUUAAAUCAAGAGGAGUUUUUAAAGGUUAAAAUACAAUUUUUGACAACAUUACAACAAUACAAGAUCAAGUCAGUUAAACGUGUUCAGAAUCCAAGUUUGUGGGAAGACUACGAAAGGAGGGUAAAGACGAUCUUCUCGAAUGCAUUUUGCUUGAUAUUUAACAAUAAUAGAAUGUUGAAGUAGAAUUGGAGUUGCUUGGAUCGUAUGAAUGUGAAACAAUUGAAGUGAAGAGCAACAAAUAACAGUGAAGUAUAGUGAGACAAUGAAAACAUUUGGUGCAUACAUUGAAAAUCAAUUAAAACAAAAUUAUUUUUCUCAGAUACACGUGCAUUUUUCCAUUCAUUCGAUAAUUGUCAAGGUGACCACGUGCUUUUGAAUUUAAAUACAGAAUUAGUUGGCUGGUGGCGUGUCUUUGUCAACCUAAGUACAUUGUUACACCCAUAAGUGUUUAAGUGUUUGCGUCAUCAGAGAAAUUUUGGAAAUAUCCCACAUUUCAUUUACCACGUUGUGAAAUGGCGUAAAAAUUGGAAGGAAUUUUCCAUACAUGGACUCAUUACUCUAUUUUUACACAAUUUCAACGAUAUCUUAGUCACCAGGGAUAAACCAUAUAAUAUUUGUUAUAAGAUAUCUUAGUUGUCAAUAAUACAACUUAUUUGUUUUGUCAAGCAGUAAUUGUUGUAUAAGCUGUACAUUGCCAGUGCUUAAAUCAAAGGGAAAGAUUCACAUUAAUAUAUUUGAAAUCAGUAAAGAAUAUAAAUAGUAAAAAAGUUAACGAACUCUUACACUUAUAAAAUUGUGCAAUUAUAUACAGAUCAGUGGCA